CCCAACGUCACACUGCGAGUUUAAACGCAAGUUUAUAUGAGCUCAGGGCCGCAUAUUAGCGGGGCAGAUGAUGCUCUUGCCCUGCCUCAUAUCCAGGUCCCUUAGUGGGUCGCGAUUCCCUUCCCGUCCUCUAGUCCCGGCGAAGAUUCAAAAGGGACCCGACAACACCAAGGCGCGCAAAGGCGCCACAGUGACGCUGACGGCGGAGAUCAUGGGCGAGCCUGCGCCCGACGUGGGCUGGACCAAGGACGGGGAGGACAUCGAGGAAGACGACAGGGUGUUCUUCGAGAUCGGCAGUACCACUACGACGCUGACCAUUCGCCGGGCCACGCCCCAGGACAGCGGCAAGUACGAAGUAUACGUGGAGAACAGCCUGGGCAUGGACCAGAGCUUCGCUCGCGUGGACGUGGCCUGAAAGGGACCCUCAGCUCUUUUGCCCUGGCUGCAAGCCCGGGGUGGGUGGGACCCACAACCCUGCUCCAUCUUGCUUAAUAAAGCCGCUCUCUCUGACCCUC